UGUUGUAAACAUAAAUAAUAAAUCAUUGACAUUUUGGGAUGCUUACUUAUUCGCAGUUAAUUAUUCUUGUUUUAUGUUUGUUUUUGUAUAACUAUUUGGCUUUAUGUUUUGUGGAAUAUUUUAUGACUUAAUUCUCUUAGAACUGAAAACGUCAUUUUACUGAGUAUUUAUUUAUUCACUUUAUUGUUAAAUGUGAUAUGAAAAGUUUAUAAUUAUGGAUGAAAAAGAAAGGGUCGCAAAUGUUCCGCAACCGCCCGCCGGUUUGCAAGCACUAUAUAGCCGUUGCCGGGAAUUAUAUCCUGAUCAACCAAAUCCUUUGCAGGUUACAGCUAUAGUUAAAUACUGGCUAGGUGGUCCAGAUCCAUUAGACUACAUCAGCAUGUAUGCAAAUGCUGGAAAUGCCGCAAAAAAGAUACCUCCUCAUUGGCAUUAUAUAAGUUUUGGCCUGUCUGACUUGCAUGGUGAUGGUAGAGUCCAUGAAUUAUCUACUAUGCCCGGGGGGAGUUCAGGAUUUGGAUUUGAACUCACAUUUCGACUGCAACGAGAGGCGAAUGAAACCACUCCUCCUACUUGGCCUGCAGCAUUGCUUCAGAGUUUAGCUAAAUAUGUUUUCCAAACAGGAAACAGACUUUGUGCAGGCGAUCAUGUAUCUUGGCAUUGUGCUUUAGAUAAUAGUGAUUCACGUUUAAGACACAUGUUAAUGGCUGCUGAUCCACAAUUGGCAAGUAAGGAAACACCAUUUGGAGUUGUUGACUUUAUACAAGUGGUUGGCAUUUGUGCAGAGGAAUUGCAAGCAUCACAGAAAUGGUUGGGCGCAGGUGUUCUUCGGAUGCUGAGUGAAAUACCUAGUUCUGGAGGUCCAUAUUUAAUAACAAAUAUGCAACGUAGUCAGAGCAUAUUUGAAAUUAACCCUAAAGCUCAUGAAAUAGUUGAACGAGGAUUUGAAACUGAUGGAUCUAAUUUAAGUGGUGUCAGUGCUCGUUGCUCCUGGAUAGAAAUUGCCUCGAACAUAAAACAAGAGAAGAAUCAAAAUAUUGAAGAGAAUGUUAAAAAAUUAAAUGUAAACGAUCUUCAAAACAGUAUAACAUCGUCGGCUUCAAAUUCGAAUUUCGAUAUAAAAUUUGAGCCACUAGAUCAGUACAUCACACAGUAUUUAAAUGGCAUUCACAUAACGUUCAACUUAGAAGCGGGGCACCUGUUACCAUUAGCAAUAAGGGGAAGAGUAAGACAUGGACGUCAUUUCACUUUUAAAUCAAUAUUGGAUGAUACAGCUAUUACACUGGUGGCUGAAUCUGUUACUGAUACACAAGUAACACCUCUUAGGCCUUACGCAUUACUUGGGAACUGGUUGCAAGUCCUCAUACCUCAUGAUUUAGAAGUUGAAAUGGUUGAAGCUUUUGAUGUUUUGUCUCAUCCGGAGAAAUUGGAACUGCCGAAGACCUUUUCAUGGCCAGCACACAGAUUAGCAUUUACAAUCAUGUCAGAUGUUCUCUAGCAGGAAUAAUAAAACUUCAGCAAUUGUUUGGUAAAAUCAGAGCAUUUGUUAUGUACUGUGAUUAUCAAAAUUAGAUUGAUAUUUUUAUACUCAUGACGAUCAAUAUACUUAUAUUGCUGUUAAUAUAAUAUAAAUGUUCCAACAG